UACUGGUGUUUUGUUUUGUUUAUUUUAUUUAGUUUUUAUUGUAAUAUGCAGCCUUUUAUCGUUAUACGCACUUACCGGGAAGAUGAUGAGCUCAAGUGUCAGGAUCUGGUGCGGGACUACAUAAUGUCGUUCUACACGAAAUCCUUCUUUGCCCUGAUGUUUCGAGAGAUUACACUUCAAUUCAUAGUCAUCACAUGGGCGAUAUUCUUCAUAUUUCUGGGCGUGCCGCUGCUCUUCUGCACACUGUCGGUGCCCGGAUGCAUCGUUUGUCUAUUCGUCAGCACGUACUUCGCCUUCUACGCCAAGGCAAUGGAGCUCAUGAAGGUGAAACCCUCUCAGUCCCUGGUGGCAGAGUGCUAUGAGCCAUUCAUAUUUCGCUGUUCCCCCAAGGAGGCCAGCUAUGACAUCUUCAUGGAGAACUGCCCAUACGAUGAGGCACACACAAGGAAAUUCCGACGUCGAAUUGUGGCCACCAUAAGUGUCAAAAACCAUCAUGCUGUGUACAACGCGGCUUGGAUCUGUCGCUUUGCCAUUGCCCCAGAUUAUCCCUAUCAAAAGAUAAUGGAACCCAUGGUCAAUCUUGUGUCAAAGAACUGCGCCAACGGUGGCUAUGGCUCGCUGGAGUGCACCAUAUCCGAGUGGCAGGAGAAUGAGCGUGACUUCUAUGACGAAUACGGCUUUGUCACUCGUCAAAUUUACCACAAAAAGAUCAUUGGCAGCAGUCUGUCGGUGAUGAAGACACAAUUAACGUUUCGCCUACACACCGAUGACGGCAUCCAAAAGCGAAAUUAGUUCGAUGCGAGUGCAAUAUAUAGAGAAUCUCGUUAAACUGUGAACUCUGAGCUGAUUACUUAGACAUUACUUCUGUUGACUUCGCCAAAAGUGUUGAAACUCCUCCCCACCACCCGCUUCCAAGAGGUUGUAAUAUUUGUAAACAUACAAACAAAAAACAUAGAUAAUAGCGUGUACAUUGCUUUUGUCCUGUGUUUUUAUUAUCUCUGGUUUAUUCUUUGAUUCUAUUUAAAUAAAUAAAUAAAAUAUUUAGUAAUAAAUAAA